CACACAAAAGCAGCUUCCUUCAGUAUCUCCAGAGAAGCAGAGCCUCAGCUAGCCCGAAAGAAGAUUAAAAUACGAGGGGGGCCGGCUCCGGGGGGGGCGAUGGCCGGGGACACGGGGACCGCGGGGGGCCAAAGAUGCUGCCGUUAACCCACAGCCGCCUCUCCCGGACCAGAGAGCCCACGCGCGGCUGGCCACGUUGCCCUGGGUGACCUUCCUCACAUGCGGAGUCGGCCCCCCGUGAGCAUCCUUCCGCCGGGCUCCGAAGGCCUGGGUACCACCCGUGAGAGAUGCCCACCUGCAUCCGGGCACCGCCGGGCUUUGUUUCUGAGUGACAACACAGCGACGCGGCCGCUGCCACCUCGGGCAUCUUCCAGGACCCCCAACUUCGAGCCUGCCAGUCUCCCCAGCUCCCAUGGGGACCACAGAAGCCACACUCCGGAUGGAAAGCGUGGAUGUGAGGGAGGAGUGGCAGGAUGAGGACCCGCCUAGGCCCCUCCCAGAAGACUCGGGGAUGGAGCUACUGGGCAGCACAGUGGAAGACUCCUCCUCCCCUCCCUCCACCUUGAACUUUGAUGGAGCCCAUCGGAAGAGGAAGACGCUGGUGGCCCCUGACAUCAACAUCUCCCUGGACCAGAGUGAGGGUUCCCUGCUGUCUGAUGACUUCCUGGACACCCCCGAUGAUCUGGAUAUCAACGUGGAUGACAUCGAGACCCCAGAUGAGACUGACUCACUGGAGUUCCUGGGAAAUGGCAACGAACUGGAGUGGGAAGAUGAUACCCCAGUGGCCACCGCCAAGAACAUGCCGGGAGACAGUGCGGAUCUGUUUGGCGAUGGUGCAGCAGAAGGCGGCGCUGCCAAUGGUCGCCUGUGGCGGACGGUGAUCAUCGGGGAGCAAGAACAUCGCAUAGACUUGCACAUGAUCCGACCGUACAUGAAGGUGGUCACUCACGGAGGGUACUAUGGGGAAGGUCUCAACGCCAUUAUCGUCUUUGCUGCCUGCUUCCUCCCGGACAGCACCGCCCCCGACUACCACUACAUCAUGGAGAACCUCUUCCUGUAUGUCAUCAGCAGCCUGGAGCUGCUCGUGGCCGAGGAUUACAUGAUCGUGUACCUUAACGGCGCCACACCGCGGCGGAGGAUGCCGGGCAUCGGCUGGCUAAAGAAGUGCUACCACAUGAUUGACCGGAGGCUGCGGAAGAAUCUCAAAUCCCUCAUCAUUGUCCACCCGUCCUGGUUCAUUCGGACUGUGCUGGCCAUCUCUCGUCCCUUUAUCAGUGUCAAGUUCAUUAGUAAGAUCCAGUACGUGCACAGCCUGGAAGAGCUGGAGCAGUUGAUCCCCAUGGAGCAUGUGCAGAUCCCGGAAUGUGUCCUGCAGUAUGAAGAAGAGAGACUGAGAGCCAAGAGGGAGAGCACAAGACCCCAGCCCGAGUUUGUCCUUCCCAGACCUGAAGAGAAGCCACAGACAGUGGAAGAGGAGGACGGGUCAGCUGAAGUCACAGAAGACCAGGAAACGAGCUUGGCGAGCUGACCGAUUCUGCACUGCUGCAGUGACUCUGCUCUCUGACUCAGAUCUGGCCCUGACCUGUCCUCUCUGUUCAGCAUGUCCUGAUGUGACCAGAGCCUAGAGACAGAAGAGAAGAUUCCAGAUACCAAGAAACUUCUGUCCUAUGCCCUCUGGCCCUGGACGCCAUCCUGCCUCUUCCAAGUCCCUCUUCCAAGGUCGCCUGGCUUCCCCAUGCACCCAAACCCCAGUGUCCUGAGCUGCUUGAAUAUAUCUCCUUUUUUUUUUUUCUUUAAGAACACAGUGUUCUCCCAGUUCAGAAAGGACUGGGUUCUUGGCCGUCUACCCUUCCACAGUUCGUGUUCCUGCUUGACAAAGCUGGAUGUGUGUGGCAUGGGCUUCAGGGCCUCUCAGCCUCUGUUGCCCUAGGACUUGGGCCCAUCCCUACUGGGAUGUCCUGACAAUGGUUUUGGGUUGUUGCAAGGAGAGACUCUCUGCUCACUGGUCACCUGUCCCAUGUUGGAGUCUUUGGGUUCCAGUGGCGCCAGCUGAGGAUGCAUCUGCCUUUCUGUGGAAUGUGACCCCAGUCCUCUCUGCUCUGCUACCCCAAGCUGUGACAUCUGACCUCAUGACCCCAAUUGAAACUGGUUGCUCUGUCA